GGCCAUGUACGGUAAACAAUGGUUUUUUUUUAAAAUUAGUUUUAAUUUAAUUACCAGCUUUUUCGCUCUCCAACUCAGUGAGCAGAACCUUUUUCUCCAAAAUCCGAUGACUCGUCAAGCCGUCGCGAAACUACUCGGCUCGAUCGCGUCACGCAAGCCUUCCUCCACCCCUUCUCUCUUCAACCUCUCACGGUCGCAGACUCGCUAUUAUGCGGCACCUCCACCACCACCACCUGCGGUUUUCGUAGACAAAAACACUCGCGUGAUUUGCCAAGGCAUCACUGGAAAAAACGGCACUUUCCACACCGAACAAGCCAUCGAGUACGGCACUAAAAUGGUAGGAGGUGUCACGCCAAAGAAGGGAGGGACGGAGCACUUAGGGCUUCCGGUUUUCAACACAGUGGCGGAAGCAAAGGCGGAAACCAAGGCUAAUGCUUCUGUCAUUUAUGUUCCUCCGCCAUUUGCUGCGGCCGCAAUUUUGGAGGCAAUGGAAGCUGAAUUGGAUCUUGUUGUGUGCAUUACUGAAGGAAUUCCUCAGCAUGAUAUGGUACGUGUGAAGGCUGCUCUGAACAGGCAAUCUAAAACUCGGUUGAUUGGGCCAAACUGCCCUGGCAUUAUUAAACCAGGAGAAUGUAAAAUAGGUAUAAUGCCUGGUUACAUCCAUAAACCUGGUCGUAUUGGAAUUGUUUCUCGAUCCGGUACUUUGACCUAUGAAGCGGUUUUCCAAACAACUGCUGUUGGCCUUGGACAAUCCACUUGUGUUGGUAUAGGAGGAGAUCCUUUCAAUGGAACAAACUUUGUUGAUUGUAUAGAGAAGUUCCUUGCAGAUUCUCAAACAGAAGGCAUCAUUCUUAUAGGAGAGAUAGGUGGGACUGCAGAAGAGGAUGCUGCUGCAUUAAUAAAGGAAAGUGGAACUGAGAAGCCUGUUGCGGCCUUCAUUGCUGGACAAACAGCGCCACCAGGCCGUCGUAUGGGACAUGCUGGAGCUAUUGUCUCAGGUGGAAAAGGUACCGCACAAGACAAAAUCAAGACUCUAAGGGAAGCUGGAGUUACUGUGGUGGAGUCUCCUGCAAAAAUUGGUGUUGCUAUGCUCGAUGUUUUUAAGCAGAGGGGUCUCGCAGAUUAAUUUAGGCAAGUUAAAAAAACAAAAGUUUGUCGUCUAUUCUUGAAGAGAAGCGAAUGCGCUAGUCAAAUUCUUGAUAAUUUGGUGUGACCAAAAAAAGAAAAAUCUUGAUAGUUUUGGUGGUUGCCAUCUUCCUCACAGCCAAGCAUGUGACAGCGAUGGGUUUAUUACGAAUAAAAGAAGAUUUUUGUUCUGCCCUUUGAGAAAUUUGCAGUGGGACAGAAGGUACGACAUGGAUUAAUAUCAAAAGAUAAUUGUAUGUUAUUGCUUCUAUCAUUGAUGAAA